AUGGAAGAGCACUGUUUACUCAAUCGGCAACCUCUGGAUCAACUCAAACCAUUGCACACAAUAAUACAAACAACCUUUUCGGAGACCACCACUCAACUCAAAUUUCACCAAAUUGUGUUCACCGGUACCUCAGACUCGCAGUUAUUGACAAAUGCGAAGAACUCGUUAACUGAUUGGAUCUCGUUGUGGCCGAUACAAUUGCCUUAUAAUGACGCCUCCAUUCAUAGCAACUUAAAGAUAAGUCCAAGAGUAAUCAGAGCGUGUAUUAUUUGUGGUGUCGAUGAUCACACUUUUAAUAUAAGGACUAAAAACUUUGAGAGAAUCGGUACGGCUAUUACGAGGGAGAAUUACGUAAAGAAAGGGAGCCGUAUCUACACGUGUGAGGCCGACAGACAGUGGUUCGGCAGAAAUCAUCGCUUGAAAAUAUCGUGUCUUAAAAAAGGUAAUUGUGGUCUAAGUGGGUGUCGAGCGUGUAAACUACACAUAUUUAAGCAAGCAGGAUUAAGUGCGGAAUAUCGGACAAAGGAUUCGACUAGAGCGAAUGAAGUAACGUCUAGUCAGUUGGAAUUAAAAUAUAUUGUGACUGACCAACCGGAUCAACUGCCAGCAACGCGCCACACACUGAAGAACCGGUUAAUAAUGAUUUUGAUGAUAUACCUACUGAUCGCUCGACACCAGAAUCUACUUUUUCCGAUUGUUUACCACAAGAACUGCAGCCUGUUGGCCACGGGACAGAUCGCAUGA